CCGGACCAAAAAUUUCAGGCUAAGGUUUUGUCAUUUGAGAGAGGCAGCCAUGGCUAUACUGGCCUUUCCCCUGGUCAUUUCCUUUCUCAAGCCCCAAGCCUCUCGCAUUACCUUCCACCUCUACGCUGCCAAGUCCUUCCCUACCCGCUUCCCCAAGCCAUUCGCCGCAAGCCGCCGGUUCGCAGGAACUCCCGUCUCUGCAAAAAGUGCCUCCUCGGCCACCGCGGAGGCGCCGCAGCAUUCGAAUUCGGAGCCACGUAAAUCCUCCGUUCUUACUUUCCAGCAAGCCAUUCAACGUCUCCAGGAAUACUGGGCGUCCGUUGGAUGUGCCAUAAUGCAAUGUAGCAACACUGAGGUUGGUGCUGGGACUAUGAAUCCUUUGACUUUCUUAAGGGUUCUUGGUCCAGAACCGUGGAAUGUUGCAUAUGUUGAGCCUAGUAUCCGACCAGAUGAUAGUCGCUAUGGGGAAAACCCCAACAGGCUCCAAAGACACACUCAAUUUCAGGUUAUAUUAAAGCCUGAUCCAGGAAAUUCACAAGACCUUUUUAUUGGAAGCCUUUCAGCUUUAGGUAUUGAUGUUCGUGCACAUGAUAUAAGGUUUGUGGAGGACAACUGGGAGAGUCCGGUGCUUGGUGCUUGGGGUCUGGGAUGGGAAAUAUGGAUGGAUGGGAUGGAGAUUACCCAAUUCACCUACUUCCAGCAGGCUGGAAGUCUUCAAUUGUCACCAAUUUCUGUUGAAAUCACUUAUGGCCUUGAGCGUAUCCUCAUGUUACUACAGGGAGUUGACCAUUUUAAGAAAAUUCAGUAUGCGGAUGGAAUUACUUAUGGAGAGCUAUUUAUGGAGAAUGAGAAAGAAAUGAGUGCAUACUAUUUAGAGCAUGCCAGUGUGGAACAUCUUCAGAAACACUUUGAUUUUUUUGAGGAAGAAUCCCGUUUCUUGCUUGCUUCUGGUCUACCAAUCCCUGCGUAUGAUCAGCUUCUGAAAACAUCACAUACUUUUAACAUCUUAGACUCUAGAGGCUUUGUUGGGGUGACAGAGCGUGCUCGAUAUUUUGGUCGGAUGCGUAGUUUAGCUCGUCAGUGUGCACAACUAUGGUUGAAGACCAGGGAGACCCUUGAAUAUCCAUUGGGUGUAGUUUCUGAACCUGUUAGUCUUGUAUGUCCUAAAGAGCUUCUGGAGGCAGCUGUGAAAAGGGUUGGUGAUAAUUCAAGGUUAUUUGUACUUGAAAUUGGGACUGAAGAGAUACCACCUCAAGAUGUUGUUGAUGCAAGCCAGCAAAUAAAGGAUUUAAUGCUGCAAUUCCUUGAUAAGCAAAGAUUGAGCCAUGGAGAAGUGGAAGCCUUUGGCACGCCUCGUAGACUGGUGGUUUUUGUUGAGGAUCUUUGUACCAAACAAGAGGAGAAUGAGGUUGAGGUUCGAGGACCUCCUGCUUCAAAAGCAUUUGAUGAUCAAGGAAAUCUUACCAAGGCCGGUGUGGGUUUUUGUCGUAGGUAUUCUGUACCACUCGAUGCACUGUAUAGAAAGGUUGAUGGAAAAACAGAAUACCUUUAUGCUCGUAUUAAGGAGUCUUCACGACAUGCUGUGGAGGUUUUGUCCGAAGAUUUGCCUAAUGCUAUUGCUAAAAUAUCAUUCCCAAAGUCAAUGCGCUGGAAUUCUCAGGUUAUGUUUAGCAGACCCAUUCGAUGGAUAUUGGCGCUCCAUGGAGAUGUAGUUGUGCCAUUUACAUUUGCUGGAAUUUUAAGUGGGAACAAUUCCUUUGGUCUUCGCAACUCUCCUUCAGCUACAUUUAUGGUAGAAACAGCAGAAUCUUAUGUGGAUCAGAUAAAAGAUACUGGAAUAAAUAUUGAAAUUGAGAAACGGAAGAAAACAAUUUUGGAGCAGUCCAAUGCAUUAGCCAAAAGUGUAGAGGGACAUGUGGUUUUUCAGGAGGGCUUACUUAACGAGGUUGCAAAUCUGGUUGAGGCCCCUGUUCCUGUCCUUGGAGAGUUCAAAGAGUCCUUUCUAGAGCUUCCAAGUGACCUUCUGACUAUGGUUAUGCAGAAACAUCAAAAGUAUUUUGCCUUAACUGAUGCAAACGGAAAGCUUUUGCCUUACUUCAUUGCUGUGGCAAAUGGAGUAAUUGAUGAAAAGGUGGUGAGAAAAGGAAAUGAAGCUGUACUUAGAGCGCGCUACGAAGAUGCAAAAUUUUUUUACGAGUUGGACACACGGAAAAGAUUUUCAGAAUUCCGAAGCCAACUGAAAGGGAUUCUUUUUCAUGAGAAGCUAGGAACAAUGCUGGACAAGAUGAUUCGUGUACAAAACAUGGUUGAGAAACUAAGUUUGGCCCUGAAAAUUGAUAACAAUAUGCAUCGAGUUGUCAAAGAUGCAGCAUCACUUGCUAUGUCUGAUCUUGCUACUGCAGUCGUUACAGAAUUUACAUCUCUUUCUGGAAUAAUGGCCCGUCAUUAUGCUCUUAGAGAUGGCUAUUCGGAGCAGAUAUCAGAGGCUUUGUUUGAGAUCACUCUUCCUAGAUUCUCAGGAGAUUUACUUCCUAAGACUGAUGUUGGGAUUGUUUUGUCUAUCGCUGACAGAUUAGAUAGUCUAGUUGGCCUAUUUGCUGCUGGCUGUCAGCCUAGCUCCAGUAAUGACCCAUUUGGUCUGCGAAGAAUCUCAUAUGGUCUUGUCCAAGUCUUGGUAGAAAAUGAUAAAGAUCUGGACUUGAAAGAAGCUUUGCAACUUGCUGCAGAUGUUCAGUCCUUCAAAGUAGAAGCUGAUAUUGUAGAUAAUGCGCAUCAAUUUGUCAUCCGUAGAUUAGAGCAAUUUUUGGUUGACAAGGGUACAAGUUCUGAAGUGGUUCGUUCUAUCCUCGCAGAGCGAGCCAACAUUCCUUCUCUGGCAGCAAAGUCUGCAAUUAAAAUGGAUACCUUGUCAAAAGGGAAGCUUUUUCCUAAGGUAAUAGAAGCAUAUUCUCGUCCCACCAGAAUUGUUCGUGGAAAGAAUGCAGACUCUGAAGUUGAGGUGGACGAGGCUAUCUUUGAGACAAAAGAGGAGAAAGCUCUAUGGAACGCUUUCCUAUCAGUUAGAAGCAAAAUAAAUUCGGGUGUUGAUGUCGAUGACUUUAUUGAUGCAUCAUCAGAGCUUCUUCAACCACUUGAGGAUUUCUUCAAUAACGUCUUUGUAAUGGUGGAGGACGAAAGAAUUCGGAACAACAGGCUUGCCGUGCUCAACAAAAUUGCUGACCUUCCUAGAGGCAUUGCUGAUCUUUCAGUGUUGCCUGGAUUUUAGGUUAUUCUAAAGAGAUGAGCUCUUUUUUCUUUUCUUUCUCAAGUUUCAUAAUUUUUUUGGAAAUAAGAAUGUAGGAAGAGAAACUAUUUUAAAUGUUCUUUUUUGCCGGCUUAUUGUACAUGUAAUGUUUUCUAUGUAAUAAAUAAAACAUAUCCAAUUGGGAUAUAAAUAUUUAUAAUCUCAAUAUUAUUGACCCUUGUA